AUGCAUCGACAUAUUGCACCACUUCCCAUGCAAGUUGUUGUUUUAGCUCAACCUUAUCAUCAUCAACUGGAUUAUCCUCAAAUGUGUUGGUCAGUACCUAUGGAACAACCACCACCUCCUUAUAAUGCAGUUGUUACUCCGAUGAAUACUAACCGUAAUAUUGCACAUUCUAGCAAUCUAUCAUAGUUUGAUAUUGUUAUUAAUUCUUUUGGUAAAUAAAAAUUAUAUAAUUAUAUCUGCGGCUCUAUAUGAAUUUGUAUCAGCUACAUAACGAUGCAAAGUUAACAAUUACAAAUGACGCCCAUUCUUAAGUGUAUGAAUUAUGUAAAUAAAACCAUAAUUAUCAAAUGAUUAUAGUUCGACUAAUUUAUAAAUCUAGUACUAUUUUACAAUCGGUUAUUGUUAAAUACAAAGAAAUGUCAUUCAAUAGCUCAUCUUUUAGAUUUUCUAAGAAUAUUUUCAAGAAAAAUAAAACUUUUAGAUUAUUAAGGUCUGAUUGCCUUCGGGAAAUUUUAGGAAAUCUUAACAAGGAUCAUUUUCAAUUAAUGACUAUUGAAAUCUAAUUUCCUAUAAAAAUUUCACUUGAAAAUCAAAUAUCAACAUUGUAAGAGAUCCUUGUGUUGUUUCCUAGACACCUCAAAAAUAUUACUUUUACUAAAUUGAUAGUACAAUACUGAAUUCAAUACAUUAAAAUACACGCUCCCUCGAAUAUUUAUAUCUGAAGUUGUGUUAUACGUUUUUUUUUCACACACACGAUUUAUUCAAUAUCAACAGCGAUAACUAUCAAGCCAACACAAAAACUAGAAAUAAUUCUAAGUUAAGUAAAAUGAAUGAUUGUAGUCAACAAUAGUUUGUUACCAUAAUACAUCAACAGAAAACUGAUAUUUAGAAUCAACAUUUACUAUCGCUUACAAACACUUUAAAUAUGAACAUUUGCUUUAAUUUCUCUUUACUUAUGACUAGGUUGAAUAUACUAUAUCAUUAACUACUCUAUUAUUUAAUUACCUGCUUAUUCUAUGAAACUUGGGAUAAAAUGUCACAUAAUGAUUGUGACAUUGGUUGGCGCAGUUUUCUUGGAUGUAAAUGAGUCCGUUCCUUUGUUUUUGCUUAAACAAUUCUUAUAUAUUAGCGGACGUCAUUGUUGAUUUUGAAAUAUGAAAUAGCGAUGAAUAGUCUACUGUCGCAUGUAUAUUAAGACCCAAGCCACAAAUCAAAGCAAUCUUAGCACCUGUUGGGUUUUUUUGACAGAAUCGACCGAUGAAAAGCCAAUCUGUUUAAUAUAUUUAUUAAUCAACUAGUUCUUUUGAGAAAACUUUAUUACUAUAGUGUCAUGAUAAUAUACAAUGUGAAAGUCAUAUAACUCGUGCAAUUUCUACUAGUAAGACUCCUUAUUUUAAUGUUUCACGUUCUAUGUACGCUAAUGCUAACAACAAAGGAAGAAAUUUUUCAAAGCUUUUCAUCUAGUAAUUCAUAACAACUGAUAUUGAACGAUAUCUAUAGUUCGUUUGGCCUAACUUUACUCAUUUUUUUUACAAAAAUUGAUAAGUUUUAUAUAUUCUUAUUUGAAAUCAUUACCUAACACAGCUGAAAGCUUCUCAGUUCACUGAAAGAUACUACUGCUUACAAAGUAUGAACUUGUACUCGGCUUUAUAUAUUUGAAGUUUCUUAAUGCACGAAUAUAUGUUUACAGUCGCAUGAUCCAAGUAGUUGACAUAACUAUUUCAAUAGAACGCAAUCUUUCCUUAUAUUUAUGUAUCGAAAUGAUGAAGUGGAAAUUACAAACAUUGAGAGUUGUUGAUAAUCAGUUGAAACAUGUGUAGAGAAAAUAACUCGAAAUUUCAAAGUGAAAAAUCUUUCACUUAUAUGGAUUUUAAUUUCUGGUGGUUGACUAAUUUUUAGUGCCCAUAAUAAGUUCAUUUAUCAUAAACUGAAGUAUUUAUCGUGCAAAUGAGUACUGGUAAACUCAAUGUUUAAAACUAGAAUUUUAAUGAUGCCUAGGAAACUAUCAAGGUGAGUAUUACUUUUUAAUCGUAUCCAUCGUUAUUUUACUGUUACAAUGCUAUGUUUAACAAGUUUAUUUAUUUUAUUAUUAUUUGAAUUGAAAUCUACGUACGUGUUCUGACUAAAAGUCCAUUUCGCGGUGUCUAUAAAUUAGAUAAGACAAGUUAAUUUAUUUAUCCUUAAUAU